CCCUCCCUCCUUCCCCGGUGCGCAUCCCGGUGCGCCCCUCCCUCCCGUCCCCGGUGCUCUCCGCCGUGCGCUGCUUUGUCCCGGGCUGCAGCGCGCUCGGCCGGGCCCGGCCCCGGGGAACGACCUCCCCCUCCGCCUUCUCCGUGCCGGAAAUUCCGGCCGGGAUCAGCGGGGGAUGCGGGCAGAGGGGGGCGACCCGCGCCCGCCCCCCCGCAGCCCCUCCGGAGGGGAUGGGAAAGGGUUCGUGGCCGUAUCCUGCCCAGCUGGGACUGGGAUCGGGUCUCGCCCGGCGCCCCGGGAAGGAGCCCGGCUGGCCAGACCGGUGUUUUGCCGCCUGAGGGGUGACACCCUGCCCGCCGCGGGCAGGACACCUUCGGGCUCCCCCGGCGUUUCCCAAACCUCCCACAACCUGACCUACUUCCUCGCCAGCCGCGCCGGGAGCUGCUCCCGGUGGAUGCCCCGGUGCGGGGGCUGGAUGCUGAGGGUUUCCCCCCAUGGGGACAUCCCCGUCCCCGUGCACAGCCGGUGGCUCCCAGGCGGCCCGGACCCUCCCGGGGGCUCUGUGCCCGGAGCUCACCGAGGGAGGUGACAGCGCGGGCCGGGAGCUGUCAGACAGUGCUGGUACCGGGCUUUUCUCUAAUUCUCCAUGGCAGCAGCACAGGGUCCUGUGACCUGUGAGCCCGACACCCGUGUCCUCGGAACCUACCUCUCCUCGGAGCCAAUUGGUGUCGGCGGCAGCAUGGGCAGUGUGGGCAGCCUGGUCGAGAAGCAGGAUCUGUCCCCGCUGGAGCUGCGGGCUCCGCUGGGGGGCUCGCGGGGGCUUCGGCAGCCCGACGGCUUGCUGCGGAAGGGGCCGAGCCAGCGGGAGCUCUUUGGCUACCUACAUGGGGCCAAGAAGGAGGCACGGUCGGAGCGGAAGCACCAAACGUCGGGCACCUGCUACAAGCGCGACUACGAGAGUGACCGUGAGAAUCGGUCCCCUGAGCGCUGCUCCCGUGAGCAUCACCGUGGGGCAGACUUCUCCAAGAGCUCCCUGCCUGAGAGGGGCCGCUUUGACAAGUGCCGUAUCAGGCCCUCAGCCUUCAAGGUGGUGGCUGGGAAGGGGCUGGUCUCUAUGCAGGGCUUGUCCUCGUCCAAGGGGCAGAAGCUGUCCAAGAGCAAUGGGAGCCUGCACACGCUGCUGUCGCAGAGCAGCACAGGGGCCUCGCAGCACGGCCCACUCCGUUCCCACCUGCUCCAUGCCAUCAGCCUAGAUGAGGCCUCUAACUCCAGCCACAACUCCAUCCAGAGCUUCCCUUCCUACGGCUCGCGCCUCAAGCCUGCCCAGAGCCAGUUCAGCGCCUCCAUGGGCCACAUCAACCACAUUGGGGGCUCCUUGGACAGGGUCUCCCGGAGCCCCAGGGACCCCCUGGCUCCUGAGAAGGCACCCCUGUCCUGCAAAAGCAUGGCCACGCUGAGCCGGCUGCAGAGCCCUGGCGAGCCCCCGCCACCCUAUGAGUUCACCUACUCGCUGGAGGAUGCAGUGAAGCAGCUGGAGGACCGACUGCAGGAGACGGGAGGAGAGCUGCGGCAGCUGAAGAGGAGCCUCAGUGAGACCGAAGACCCCUUCACGCAGGUGUUUGAGGACAAGCAGCGGCUGUGGCUGGACGAGCUGGAGGAUCUGAAGCAGAUGUACAUGGCCAGGCUGCAGCAGGUGACGCAGCAGGCGCAGCGCGGGCAGCGGGCGCUGCAGCUGCAGCUCUACAAGGCACAGCAGGAGAAGAAGCGGCUGCAGGAGGAGCUGAGCAUGCAGCAGUGCCAGUGCGAGGAGACCAAGCUCCGGCAACCCCAGGGCGAGCGUGUCAGCCCCAAGAUGGAAGAGACCAAAUGGGAGGUGUGCCAGAAGGCAGCAGAGAUUUCCCUGCUGAAGCAGCAGCUCCGGGACACCCAGGAGGAGAUGGCUCAGAAGCUGAGCGAGAUUUUCAGCCUGAAGACGCAGCUGCGGGAGGCCAAAGCAGAAGUCCAGGCGAGGGACUCCCAGCUGGCACAACUGGCAGACUCCUUCCAGAGUCCUCCGGAGCCCGGCACCUCACUGCCACUGGGUGAUGAUCCCAUGCCAGCAUGCCAGGACUUCCCUGGCUGCGAAACUGAUGACUCCAAGUGCCGAGGCCUUCACAGUGACACAGCGGAGCCCCUGGAGCGGCAGGUGGAGUGGUUGUGGGCAGAGCUGCUGCGGGAGCGGCGCCAGGGCCAGCUGCAGGCUGUGAACUUUGAGCUGGAAAGGAAAACCUGGCAGGAAGAGAAGGAGAAGGUGCUGCGGUACCAGCGGGAACUCCAAGCUAGCUACAUGGAGAUGUACCACCGGAGCCAGGCACUGGAGCGGGAGCUGCGACAGCUGCGGUCAGAGUCCAGGGAGGUCGGGGCUGACUCUCCGUGGAUUGAGCGGGUGGAGUCCUCGAAGAUCUGAGUGGCGGGAUGCUGGCAGCACUGUGAAGGGGGAAGGCCUGUUGCUGCUGCAACGGGAUGAUCUCAGGGUCUGCACAAGGACCAGCUGCUUGGUGUUGCCCUAGGGAGAAGGACUGAUUGUGACAAGGGAGCUUUUCCUUCUUGCAGCACUUCAGACCCUUCUAGGGGGAUCUUUGGAGGGGGGUGGUCAUCUAUGCCAGAGCGGGGGUCUUGCAUGUGCCCCCUGCUCUGACUCCAGGAGCGUUUGCCCUGUGAUCCCUUCUGCCACGGGGGCAGAAACCAAGUGCCCUGUGAGACAUUCCUUGUCCCUCCUGCUCUGCCACCCCCAUUCGCUACAACCCAGUAACUUAACAUCUUGCUAAUGAGAGGCUCAAGCCCUGUCCCCAGCCCCUCUGCCUCGCUGUGGAGGUUCCAGCUGCUGCUCCCCGUGGCUGUCCUGGAGCCAGCAGUGCCCUGUGCCGCAACCAGUCCGUGUUGGUGCCGCUGAGAAAGCAGAGGAGGAAAGCCUGACAAGCGCUGGUCCUGCUGGGAGGGCAGGUGGCUGCCCCAGGACCUCUGUCGGGACUUCCUAUGUUACUGCUAUCAGGGAUCCUCUGCAAUGGGGGGUGGUUGGCAGCUUCCCAGCACGGAGCCCUCAGAUGUGAGGGGCCGAGUGCCUUGUGGAAGGAGGGAUGGGAGCCUUGCGCCCUGCCACGCUGGGAAGCAUUUAGGGAGAGGGAAGAGGACUAGGGCAUGUGGGCAGAGGUGGCAAUGGGGAGAGCGGGUCGAGAGGCGCCGGCCCCGCUGCCCUCGGCCUUUCCUGCAAUAAACCCGGACACCUUUCUCCUGGCCUCAG